AUGUAUUUCGCUCCCCAGCUGUCAUUGGGCGAAAAUAAACCAAAACAUUCGGGCUGUAAACAAAUAGUUUCCGCAGCGUACGGAAUACAAAGGCACUUUCUUCCAAUUAUUCGACCAACACGUUAUGGCCGUUAAUAUGUACGGUCCGAUGCAAAACCAUCCUCCACCCAAUCCGAACCCGAUCGAUCUUAUGGCCAUCAAGGACAUCUAUCCGGGGAUGAAAAAUAUCAACGUAAUUUUCAUCAUACUCGAGAUUGGGCCGGUCACGCUAACGAAGGAGAAUCGUGAAGUACGCACGUUUAAAGUAGCUGACCAGAGUGCCGCGAUAAACGUGUCUAUUUGGGACGAACCGGGCAAACAACUGUUGCCAGGCGAUAUUGUGCGUCUGACCAAAGGGUAUGCAAACGUUUGGCGACAAUCGCUGACGCUUUACUCCGGUAAAAAUGGGGAGAUAGUGCGGUUAGGCGAUUUUUGCUAUACCUUCAACGAGAUGGUGAACAUGAGCGAACCGAACCCCAAUCUGAGCGCUUCGAUACCGCAACCCGUCAUUAAUAAUGGCUCGGGCGGAGGACCAAACGGUGGAAACAGCAACAACGGGACUGGAAAAGCGAUGGGAACGCCCAAACCGGUACCUAACAACAAUCCUUUACUUUCGGCUGGCGGUGGACCACAACCGAAGCCACAUGCCGCCACGACACGCUACUCGGUAGCUGUGGCGGCGGCAGCAGCAGCAGCUUCGCCACCCAACAUCAUGAAACCAACGCAGAAGAACUCCCCCCGAACUGGUCGUAAUAGUCAAGCCAAAGGUACGGCAGUGAAAGGCGAACGAAGAUAACAGUUAGCAGAUGCGCUUUGUGCAUCACCGACCGUCAGCGAUAGUUUUAUUCAACCUUCUAGCAAUGUAAUGUAAUGCCGCAGGACGUAAAGCACGCUGGUGCUAGGAAUCCGCUCUUAAUCGGCCACUGUUUUAUCGAUAUUUUACUGUACAAUUGAAGGUAUAACAUUCCUGUGUGGAAAAUGUUUACUAAUGGGCUAGUAUUAGCUAUGGGUGUCGUGUGGCAAAAAUAAAUCGAAAUUAGUGUUUCCUCUCA